UUCCGUUUGUGUGAUGUUCGUAAAAUUCGGCGUGUUUCAUAGGUUAACUGGUUAAGUUAUUGUUAACCUAACUUCUUUUAUGCAUUAUUAUUAUUUUGAACAGUUAAAUUAUCUGUUUGUGAAGUAAAUUGUUCUUACUUGAUUUCGCAGUAUAAUUUUUGUUUAUGUAGUAACUAAGGCAUAACCUAGCAUUAGAAAAUAACUCAUUACGAUUUAUUUUAUCAGGAAAGUAUUUAGUUAGGAUUAAUUUUUGUAUACUAAAAUGCUAACACCUUCAUUUAAUAUUUCUCAAACCAAUGAACAUUUGAUUAUCAAUAUCCAAGCUCCUUACACUCAACUAAAGAAUGUUGAAAUCAAUGCUCUGGAGUCAGAGUUUUGGUUUUACUCUUCACCAUAUUUUUUAAGGCUUCACUUCCCAUGUGAAAUCAUCAGUGAGGAUGAACCCCCAGCAUCAUUUAAUGCGGAUAAAGGAGAAUUCGAGAUCCGUCUGUGUAAGAAAGUAACAGGACAACAUUUUCCAGAUUUAGAUCUCUUAGGAACACUUUUAGCUCCGAAAAAACAAGAUAAGAAUAUAAAACCAUCUAUUGAAGUUGUGUCAGGAAGUCCAGAAGAAGAAGAAGAUGAUGAUGAAGAUGUGGACGAGUGGCUCAUUGACCAAGAACUGCCACCAACGCAGGCGGAAACUGAACUGUUGUUCAAUGCUCCAAAGUAUGGCUUCGGAAACUUAACUCAUGGAGUGUUUAGGCAAGUUAAGUCAGAGUUCCAGGAAAUAAUAGAUCUCCCAGAACCAGAUACCACUCCAGCAGCCCAGAGAGAGGAACUGAGGAAAGAGGAGGAGGACAGGAAGUUCUGCAGUGACCACUACCUGGCAGACUACAUGGAAUCUGACGUGCUGGAGGAAUACUUGGCGUACUCUCCUCCGUGGCUCAGCAAGGCCUGUGGUACUGUGAAACUGACGGAUGUUGAGAAAGAAUCGUUGAAGAAGCUUGGCAACAAGGAAUUUCUACUUAGUAAGGAGGACAAAAUGUCUGUGUGGCUGUCGUUGGUUGAUAUCGUGUUUGCGUAUGCGUACAACCAUCGCACUACACUUGGUGAGAAUACAGUAGAGUCUGCUUGGACCAUCAACAAGCUGAGUGCUACGCUCUCUUGGUUUGCUAACCACUCUAGUAUUCAUGGUGUGGUGGUCAGCUGUUUCCGUCGUCUGCUUACGUACUCUCUCUACAGGCACUGGGAUCUGGCACAGCUGGUUCUCAAGGACACAAUAUCAAUCCUGAAACUAGGACGCAGACAGGUGCUGAAAUGUUUGUUGGAGGUCCACUCUCUAUUCAACCACAGCGAGCCCAGAUACCUCCUGAACCAGCUAUACAUCUCAGACUACUGCAUAUGGCUGCAGAGGGCCUCGGAGAGGAAACUUGCUAAGUUCACAGAGGCACUAGAGCAGGUAAACGUUUGUAAAGGAGAUAUGGGAUUUGAUCUGGAAGAGCUGGAACAGGCUGCGUUACUGGUACAAGAGGAAGAGGAGUCUCUUGCAAAGAGAAUGGGGCAUUUAAAGCUGGAAAACAAUAGUAGGAGGUCUUCAUCCAGUGGCAGCAGCAGUUAUGAAACAGAUUCCAGUGACAGUGAAGAUAGCUCCAGCUCCAGCAGUUUGGAUUCAGAUGAUGACAGCUCUCCAGAAAACUCAUAAUUGUAUAAUUUGUAAAUAACUACGUCUGGUAUAAACCCAUAUCAUUGAAAACAUCAAGAAAUCAAUAAUCCCAUGAAAGAGAUCUUUCAGUUUGUAUUUAACCAUUUCAGUGCUGAGUUAUGUUUAUGUAUUGUCUGUCAAGUGAUAAGGUUUGUGACAGGGUUUAUUCCAAAAAAUCAAAACUGUAAAUAGCAAUUUUGUAGAAUUCUACUUGAAAACUGAUGACAUGAAUGUUAAGACAUUUGCCUGAUUUUUGUUUUAUUUUAUUAGCAAUAGUUUAUAUAUAAUAUAAAAUAAUUGUUUGCAUAAAAGUACCAAAUGAGGUAUUAUUUUGUUAAUAUGUACAUAUUGUGUA